GCUCAAGUCUCAAGGCCGUGCCCAAACCCAAGUUGGUUCCGGUGCAAGUAACGGUCGCAGGGUUCGAGAUUAACCGAAGAGUGUGCCCCUUGACUUUCACUUACCUUCACUUCUUAGCGAAGAGGCAGUAAUGGUGAUGGUGACUCCGAUGGACGCGUGCAUGGUCGGAAUGAGGAGGAUCUGACGAAGGAAGUUGGUACUGCGGGGUUCCAACUUCCAGGGCUGGGUUCUGUUCACGGUCUGUGUGCCAGAGCAAGCCCAUACUGGUUGGGGGCAGAGGGAUUACGCUGCGGCCAUGGAAUGUGUAGGCCUUAGCGCCCGGACGGCCGUCGGUGGUGGCCAGCUAGUGCAACCCCCGGUGCCCGUGCUUCUGGAUGAUGCGUCGCGACUGCGAGUGCUGCACCCUGACCUGCAUGCGAACUCGCGCGUGGUCGAGAAGACGUGCAACUUGUUCCGCUCUAAGCUUCUGCAAUUCCACAGCCUAGUGAAGAACCUACUUGCCCAUGUGGACGAGCAAUCUAAGAAAAUAGAGGCGGCCAAGUCCCAGGCUGUAGGUACACGGAACAUGAUGUCCGCUGAAGUCGAGACGCGAACAGAACUUCUGCGAGAUCAGAGAAACAUAAUUUCUGACAAGCAAGAGCAUCUUGAGAGGUUGAAUGCGGAGCUGAAAUCAUUGUUUAUGGUGAAACAAGAACAAGAAGUACUCAUCGCUCAAUUGUCAGAGUCCAGUUUGCCGGUACAGUGAAUUUACCGUACGUUUGUCAUCCAAGACAAUCAUGACUUUGGUGAACAGGCUCCUUCCAGGUGCUCAAAGGUAGAAGCCCAGCGUAUGAGGUGAUUGUGGCAAUCGACGAGGCCGGCCUACUACUUGCUCAUUCGUUUCGAGGAUUGAACUGGAGAAGUGGUGUGCGGUUGGUGAAACAAGCAAGUCUAGUGAUUCGUCGGGGAAGAUUGGAGGGCAAACGGCGAUGGAGAGCGAACUUAAUAGUCUACGGAGUACGAUCGUCAUCGCGAACUCAUCUGAGGAGAAUUACAUCAAUAGAAGCUGGUUUCGCUCAAAUUUCUUGGAUCAGAGUAAUUUCAAAUUCUGGGAGAUCUACGGGCUACAAAUCGCACUUACAUGGAACUGUGACUCAUCUGAUUCUAGAAUUAGAUGAUUCAAAGUUCCUGGAACCUAUGCCUAGACUCCUAGAAGUCCUAUCCAACCUACGUUGCAUUCAGGAGUGAACUAGAUUAGAUCAUUUGCUCAUGAAAACCGUCGGAAUUGUGGAGUGACUUGGUGAUGAAUGACAAAGUUUACCAGUUGAAUUGGUCGGGAGUUGUCACUCAGAGCGAUAUACAUCUAUUUAGGAGAAAAAUUACCACAUCUCUCAGGGGAAAUUGAUUUUUUUGUUAUACCGGUCAGUUGUAAAUAAUCCUAUAACAACGGAUGCAGCAUUCGCCGUUAUGGUCUAUCUUUUCACUUGGACCAGCGAUAAGUGUCUCCUUGUCCAAGCCUUUUGAAUCCUAGUCUGUAGUACAAUAUCCUCUAAGAUCCCGCACUGAAAUCAGACGAGUCAAUGACCAGAUAUUUGAUUUAUCUAGAGAAAACACAAGGAGAUUCUUUGCCUGAGAUCCGCAGCUCUACCAUCAACUUGCGUUUGUAAGAAUAUAAGAUUUUUAAGGUUCCUUGCUACUAUACACUGUAAAGAGAA